GGUCCGUGGGGAGAGGCAACUGUUGUGGAAGUGGCUGUUUCUUGAAUAUACUUCAUUGCAUUUUAAGUCAACCCAAGAGGAAUUACGUCUUUGGCGAUUGACUGCUUGCUAAAUUAGUUAGGAAUAUAUAUAAGGAACCGAUUUGAAGAGCCUGACAGGAUAUUGAAAGAAGGACUCCCUAGAAAGAGCUCGCGCUUUAUUUAUUUUCUCUUGACCGCUUCAUGUUUGUGGUCAGAACGACGAAACGUACGCAGUUAUCUACUUGUGCACGUUGAAAAGUGCGUUUUUGUAGGAAAGUUGAUUAUAGUUGUGGUGAAUUAAGUUGUAAUACGCUCACACGAAGCUGGUGUUGUUUAAUUCGUCUUGCAGUUUAAAUAGUUAGCCGACACUUGGUCAAAACAGGCAAUUAUAUGUUAAUGGAUUGUAGUGUAUGGCCCUUGUUUGCUAUUGCAAAAUGCAAUGGGACUAAGUGAGGCCUUUCGAUCGCCCGAUGAUCAGGUCUGGAAAGGACCAUCAAAAAUGUGAACCGGUGAUUGAUAAUCUACCAGAUUAAUUUUUGCACCAACAGCAAUGGAGCGGAGCAAACGGAACUCCAUUGCUGGGUUUCCCACACGGCCAGAUCGGCUGGAGGACCUGGAUUGUGGAGGAGGAGGAGCAGAAACUGGUCUUGCACCGCUGGACAGGGUCUGUCCCUCUUCUUACCGGGCCCUCAUCAGUGCCUUUUCUUGCCUGACCCGACUCGAUGACUUCAUCUGCGAGUGGAUUGGCUCUGGGUUUUUUUCAGAGGUCUACAAGGUGCGUCACAAAGCUUCGGACCAGGUAAUGGCCCUAAAGAUGAACAAGCUAAGCAGUAAUCGUGCCAACAUGCUGCGAGAAGUUCAGCUCAUGAACAGACUCUCCCACCCCAACAUACUCAGAUUCAUGGGAGUGUGUGUUCAGGAAGGUCAGCUUCAUGCUCUCACAGAGUACAUUAAUGGUGGAAACUUGGAGCAGCUGCUGGACAGCAACAAGUACCUGAGCUGGGCCACACGGGUCAAGCUGGCCUUAGAGAUCGCCAUGGGCCUCAGUUACCUACACUCCAAGGGCAUUUUUCACAGAGAUCUCACAUCCAAGAACUGCCUGAUCAAGUCUGACGAGAAUGGCCACACUGCGAUCGUCGGAGACUUUGGCCUUGCUGAGAAAAUCCCCAGUCAUGAUUUUGAGGGGGAGAAGCUGUCUGUGGUGGGAUCCCCAUUUUGGAUGGCUCCAGAAGUGUUAAGAGAUGAGCCGUAUAACGAGAAGGCUGAUGUUUUUUCAUAUGGCAUUAUUUUGUGCGAGAUCAUUGCAAGGAUACAGGCUGAUCCUGAUUUCUUACCUCGCACUGAAAAUUUUGGCCUGGAUUACCACGCCUUCCAGCACAUGGUUGGAGAUUGUCCCCCUGACUUCCUUCAGCUUGCCUUCAACUGUUGCAAUAUGGAUCCAAAGCUCAGGCCCUCAUUCCCAGAUUUAGUAAAGAGGUUGGAAGAAAUCCAGAUACAGCUGAAAGCUGAUGACUCUGAGAGGGAGAGGAUGCUACUAACUGCUGGAGAGGUUGAGAAAAAAAGCAUGCCUAAAGGUCCAGGUGAAAAGGGUAUAAAGAGGUUAAAUCCUCUUAGUUUUCAGGAUGACAAGAUUCCACCCAAGUCCCCCCGUCCACGACGCAACAUCUGGCUUUCCCGUAGCCAGUCCGACAUUUUCUCUCGUAAACCCGCCCGCAAAGUGAACGUUCAGGACCCUUACUACAACCCAGGACCUAGGGGCUUAGCACAUGGGCUACCGAAAGUCAACCCUUUCAGUGCCAGAGAGGACUUAAAAGGUGGCAAGAUCAAGUUUUACGACGUGCCCAGCAAGUCGGUCUUUUCGCUCAUGUUUGAUUUGCACGCACCUCACGGCAGUCAAACCUCAUACCAGCCUCAAGCCAACAUCAGCACUGGUGCUUCUGGCAACAACUGCUCCAUCUCCUGGACGGAGCCCUGGCAGCUGCCCGGUCGGCAGUGCCGUUCGCUCCCCGUCUCUCCCCGGCUGCCCCACUCGGAAGUCUUAUUCUCAUCUCACCCAACGUCCAGGAGCGAGGCCGGACAGCCCAAAACGCUGAGCAGCUGGGCUAAGAAGUACGCUGUAACAGAGAUCCCUCAGUACAAGCUGCAAGCCGACAAAGAGGAGGAAGUGGGAGUGGCAGAGGACUGGUCUUGUGUACCCUCUGACGGAGGAGAAGCAGAGGCCAUGGACUGCUCUAGUAGCAGAGGUAGUAGCAGAGGAAGCCCUGCGGAUGAUAAGGACACAGUCCUCAGCCAGAUGCACAACGGAAGUCUCGGUGGCUUCUGCGAGGACAUGGAGGCUGAAGAACAGGAUGGCAUGAUUAUCUCCAACAAGAACUCACUCACGCUAAGCAUGUCUGUGGAGCCGGAGGAACUCUGCCCGAUAGUCCUCACAGCCUGCAAAGCCUCGUCUUCUGGAGGCCACAUCUCCAGAUGUGAUAUCUAAAUGGUGUAGAAAGGAGUUUGGUCACGCAAACAGAGAUUAUAUUUAAUCCGAUUAUUCGUUGUUAAUGUUGUUCCUUUAAGGGAAGGAAACCCUUGUAACUUAAGCUAAAAAAGGGCGGCUUGGACUGAACAUGGGAGCAGGAAACCGAGGUGUAAAAGACUGAUCUGAUCCAUGCGUUAGAAGUUAGCCAUCACACUAUGAAGAACUCUAACUGGGAGAUACAAUGGACGGCACUUCACACAGGGCUAAUGAUGUGACACGUUCUGUUUCUGUAUUAUACAUGCUAUUGGUUGCACCACAUUAGUUACCACACAAGCGUUUUUGUUUUUUAAAGUUUGUCCACAAACUGUAUCCAAUGUAUAUUUAAGUGAGCAGCUUUGGCCAUUACUAUGUGGUUUUUUUUUUUUUUUUUUUCAUAAGUUAAUGAAAGGUGAUUUUGAGUCUUUUUGCACUGUGUGGGCCUGGCAAACAAAAUCUGCAGCAAACAUUCCAUGUCAUCUCUCAUCUUAAAAAGUUCCUGUUUUUAUCUUAUGCUAACGCUGUGUUCCAUGGUAAUUUCAGGACACAGACAAUUUUCACACUUUGACCUCUCAGGUCUUCAAAAAAAAAAAAAAAAAGUCCAUGUCUGCGUCUACUUAAAAUCGUAAUUGCACUUGAAAUAAAUUAAUGGUUUGAACUUUUUUAUUAUCUGUUAUUUGUCACUACAUUUCUAUGCAAUAAAUUUAACCAAGGCAUGAUAGUUUUAUAGAGAGGAUUUAUUUUGAUAUUUAUAAGGAAGAAAAUAUUUUACCGUCUUCAUUGUCUGUGAACUGUUUAAAUUGUGUUUGUUGUUGUUUAUAUGAUCUGAUGAAUAGAGUUCUGUACAUGUUGAAAAUGGUCAGUUCUUGCUAGUUUAUUCUUAACUAUUUUUCUGCUUUCUCAGUCCUGACUGUUUUCUCAACAAUUUUAGAUUGUAGAUUUGUAAAUGAAUGAGAAAGAGAUGUAUAUUUCUACCAAAGACAGAUCAGGACUUAUUUUCCCCAUUUAUAUGGCUUUGUUUAAAUGCAUGUGUGUAUUCCCAUUUGUUUAAAAUAAAUUAAAAAUGUCAUUGA